UUUCGGCCAUUUUCCUCCCUCGUAGGGAAGUAGGCAGCCAUGGCCCCCAGCCGGAAUGGAAUGAUCCUGAACCCUCACUUCCACAAAGACUGGCAGAAGAGAGUGCGCACCUGGUUCAACCAGCCAGCCAGGAAGAUCCGCAGGCGAAAGGCUCGUCAGGCCAAGGCUCGACUUAUUGCUCCCCGUCCUGUCGCUGGACCACUGAGGCCACAGGUCAGGUGUCCCACCAUAAGGUACCACACCAAGGUUCGUGCCGGACGUGGCUUCACCCUGGAGGAACUCAAGGCGGCAGGCAUCCACAAAAAGACAGCCCGUACCAUUGGCAUCUCUGUUGACCAUCGUCGUCGCAACAGAUCCACAGAAUCUCUUCAGUCAAACGUGCAGCGCCUGAAGGAGUACCGCUCCAAACUGAUCCUCUUCCCCAGGAAGGCUUCUGCCCCCAAAAAGGGAGAUAGCACUGAGGAGGAAUUGAAGAUGGCCACUCAGCUUGCUGGCCCAGUCAUGAAGAUCAAAACUGUACACAAGAAGGAGAAGGCCCGGGUUAUCUCUGAGGAUGAGAAGAACUUCAAGGCUUUUGCCAGCCUGCGUAUGGCGCGUGCCAACGCUCGUCUUUUUGGCAUCCGUGCCAAGAGAGCCAAAGAGGCUGCCGAGCAGGACGUGGAAAAGAAGAAGUGAAAAUAAUCACUAUGGAACUUUGCAAAAUAAAGUGUUUAAAAAGA